AUUGCGAGAGAGAGAGAGAGAGAGAGAGAGAGAGAGAGAGGUUUUUGAGGUUCCUUAAUUAGUUCUAUAGGGUGACUCUAUAGAUGGGAAGAAGUCCUUGUUGUUCAAAAGAUGAGGGCUUAAAUAGAGGAGCAUGGACAGGUAUGGAAGACAAAAUACUGAGAGAGUAUAUAAGAGUUCAUGGUGAGGGCAAAUGGAGAAACCUUCCCAAAAGAGCAGGGCUUAAGAGAUGCGGGAAAAGUUGCAGGCUCCGAUGGUUGAACUAUCUAAGACCGGAUAUCAAGAGAGGAAACAUCACUCGUGAUGAAGAAGAGCUCAUCAUCAGGCUCCACAAGCUCCUCGGAAACAGAUGGUCUUUGAUCGCUGGAAGGCUCCCAGGCCGAACAGACAAUGAAAUCAAGAAUUACUGGAACACUACGAUUGGAAAGAAAAUUCAAGGACACCCAUUUUCCGAUGGAAAUCAUAAACCACCAAAGCAAACCCAAGAAUACCCAAAACCCACACAGCCCCCUAAAGUCGAUACAAAUUCAUGCACCAAAGUGGUCAGAACAAAGGCAUCAAGGUGCACCAAAGUGUUCAUACCCCAAGAGGCACAAAAUCUUGAUGACCAAAUUCGGGACGACAAUGACCACGUGUCCAAUAAUGCUCCACUUGUGGCCGUUGACCAGGUCACCGAUCAAGUUGCUGGGAUUGAGGAACCAUUGUCACCCAUAUUUCCUUUGGAUGAAGAAAACAGCUCGUGUGAGUUCAUGGUGGAUUUUAAGGUGGAUGAGAAUUUUCUGUCGGAUUUUCUUAAUGUGGAUUUUUCUGAGCUCUAUAAUAAUGGAAAUGAUGAGGGAGGUAGCGUUGCUUCUGCUACUACAUGUGACAAAGUCCCAGAUUUCCAAUCUUCCUCCAUGGUUCCUGUCGUUGACUAUGAAUUGGACUGGCUCAUAGAUAAUAUACAGCUCAUUAAUAAUAAUAAAAAUUAGCUAGCCCCAAAAACUUCAGCUUAUACAUGUUUAGCUUCUUAAUAAGAAAAGGUUUCUAGUUGAUUUUGUGUGCGCGAGUGUACAAAAUAUGACGUGAGUCCGUUUCUUUGUAAAAAAAUACUUUGUUAUGCGCUUCCAGUCGGUGAUUACAUGAAUUUUAUAGGGUAGUCAAAUGCGAUCAACGACUGCAAGUAUCUGGAUGAUCAAGUUGCAAUAAAAUCUGUGUAACAUGUACUUGUUGUCGCAAUAAAAUCAAGUUGCCAGUCUUGAAUUA